AGCACCCUCAACAGUGUCAGCACUAUCGUUCUCCACAGCCGAUAAGCUGAGCUGCCUCGUUGCUUAUCGACAUCUUUGUUCUCAAUCAAUUCUACUCUGCAUGGAGACAGUCAAAAUUUCAGCACCGUCGCUUGGAGGCGUGACUAUCACCGGAGUGAAGAACAGCGAGGCGACUGUUCAGUUCCGGGGGCUGCAGUACGCCAGUAUCGAGAAGCGCUACGAUUAUCCUACCCGGGUUGAUAAAUACGAGGCUGACGUUGAUGCCACCGAGCACGGGGCCAUCCCCCCGCAACCCGCUCGCGUACCGUCGCCCGUCAUCCCCAAAGACCAGCUCCCGACCUCAAGUCCUCCCCAAGACGAGUUCGCGUGCUUAAACCUCAACAUCACCCGUCCAUCGAGCAUCCCACUCACGCAAAAGAUCCCCGUCAUUGUCUGGAUCUUCCCCGGCGCCAACACCUUCGGCUCCGCGAGCGACAAGAGCUACGACCCCACCAGUCUCGUCGCGCGCUCGGCCGAGAAAGACCUGCCAAUCAUGUUUGUCAAUCUCAACUACCGUCUCUCGCUCCUCGGCUUUGUCUACGUCGACGGCCGCGCAAACCACUCGAUGUACGACCAGACCGAGGCCCUGCUCUGGGUCAAAUCCCACAUCGCCGACUUUGGCGGCGACGUCGAAAACAUCACGCUGAUGGGCGUGUCCGCGGGCUCGCUCAUGACGCACUAUCACUCGCUCAGCAAGCCCACCGCGGGCAUGUUCAAGCGCAUCGGCAUGAUGUCGACCGUGAUUGAGUCGCGCACGCCGUUCCCGCUCGAGGACGCGAAAGCGCUGGCGGCGAAGGCGAAGGAGUUGUGCGGCGUGAGCAGCGAUGAGGAGUUGAAGACAGUCCCUGUCGAGACGCUGAUUGAUUACGCGGUGCCAAUCAUCGGUGGCAUGUACGGCCCCGUCAACGACGGCGGAUGGCUGGGCGAGGUCGGGGAAGAUUACAUCGACCGUCUACCGCUCGACAAUGUCGAAGCCGUCAUGCUCGGCAACACCCGCUUCGAAUCUAUCUUCUACAUGCCCAAGAUCGGCCUCAUCCCGACCGAAGAGCGCUACAAGCGUCUGACCGAGGUCCCCGUCGUAGGCGACUGGCUCGCAAAGGAAUACGACAUCUCGCCCGACCCGGCCACGGACGCCGAGUCCCUCGCAAAGCUCACGCAGAUGUACGACGACAUCUCCUACGGCCAGCCCGUGGACAUGACCGUCCGCAAGCUGCGCGAGUCCGGAAAGUUCAAGACGUUCCACUACCUCUUUGACGAGCCGAACCCGUACCUCGCCUCCCUCGACGCGCACCACCUUGUCGACGUCUUGUUUCUCUUCAACUCGUUCAAGUUCGACGCAAAGUACGACGGCUUCGUGGAUAAGUACCAAACCGGCUGGAUCAGAUUCGCAAACGGCCUCGAGCCCUGGGGCGAGGGUGUCUCCGACGUCGUCAUGCUCAACCAGGAUAUCACCGUCAGAAAGCAUGGCGAGUAUGAGCAGCGACGACGCGCGCAUGCCUUUGCAAAACUCAAUCAGUUCAGACACAAGUACGAUGCCUACAACGUCACCAAGCGUUUCCUCUACGUCUAGUUUGAUAUAUCAUACAUAGAUUUAUAUAUACAAUAA